UUCUGAGUAGGUCAGAAGGAACGAGCGACAAAGGUACGGAAGCAACCAAAGGCAAUGGCAAGUGGAUAGGCAGUGGUGCCCAACUCAGGCGGAGCCGCUGAAAAUCACUGCUGCUUUUCUCUUCUUUUCCUUCAAUUUAUUCUUCAUUAAAUGCCGCUCUUCGCUUCGCGAAAUUGCACCACAUUUCUUUAUUCAAAGUCUCUUCUAGGGCUUUGGUUUUGGUUUCAAUUUUCUGUGUGUUUAUGGCGAAGGACUACCAGGAUCCGCCACCGGUGCCGCUGAUAGACGGCGUGGAGAUUAGGAAAUGGUCUUUCUAUAGAGCUCUGAUUGCGGAGUUCAUGGCGACUCUGCUUUUCCUGUAUGUGACGGUGUUGACGGUGAUCGGGUACAAAGCGGAAACGCAUGGUAUGGGGAAGAAGAAUGUGGAUUCUUGUGGAGGAGUUGGAAUUCUGGGAAUUGCUUGGGCUUUUGGAGGAAUGAUCUUCGUUCUUGUUUACUGUACUGCUGGAAUUUCAGGGGGCCACAUAAACCCAGCAGUGACAUUUGGGCUUCUGUUGGGGCGAAAGGUGUCACUUGUGCGGGCCGUGAUGUACAUGGUGGCCCAAUGUUUGGGGGCGAUCAGUGGAGUUGGGAUUGUCAAGGCGUUCCAGAAGGCCCACUUCGAGAAGCACGGCGGCGGGGCUAAUGGGGUUUCCGAUGAGUACAGCAUCGGCACUGGACUGGCGGCGGAGAUUGUUGGGAGUUUUGUGUUGGUGUACACCGUCUUCUCCGCCACCGACCCUAAACGAAACGCCAGAGAUUCCCAUGUUCCGGUUUUGGCUCCACUUCCAAUUGGAUUUGCAGUUUUCAUGGUUCAUUUGGCUACAAUUCCAAUCACAGGCACUGGAAUCAACCCGGCUAGAAGCUUGGGAUCUGCCGUUAUUUUAAAUGACCAAAAGACUUGGAAUAACCAUUGGGUAUUUUGGGUUGGACCAUUUCUUGGAGCAGCCAUUGCAGCUUUCUACCAUCAAUUCAUCUUGAGAGCAGGUGCUGUUAAAGCUCUUGGUUCAUUUAGAAGCAGCUCACAUGUGUGAUGAUAAUUAAUAACGUUGUUUUUAGUUAAGCUGCCUCUUUGGAGAUUAAGGUUCAAAUCAACAUUAGUUUAUGCAUUUUGAGUUUUUACUAAUCAUGUUUGCUACUGAUUUUCAUGAAGUUGAUGGCUCUUCUUUUCCUUUUGCUAUUGGAAUGGCUAGAAAUAGCUUCUUUAAUAAUCAUGUUUGCGACUGAUUUCCUAGUAAUGUAACAGGCAAUGUUUGUUCAAGUA